AUGACCCGUCGUUGCGGAAUUCUUGCUAUUUUCUUAUGCGUUCUUUUCAUGAUCUCGUGGUGCGAAGCUUUGAGUAGUAACGUAGAUGAUGGAUAUGGUCAUGAAGAUGGAAGCUUUGAAUCGGAUAGUUUAAUUAAGCUCAACAACGACGAGGAGGACGUUCUUACCUUGAAAAGCUCCGAUACACCCACUUCUGAAUCAUCAACUGUUAGUGUUUCGAACUUCGGAGCCAAAGGAGAUGGAAAAACCGAUGAUACUCAGGCUUUCAAUAAAGCAUGGAAGAAGGCAUGUUCUACAAAUGGAAUUAAGACUUUCUUGAUUCCUAAAGGGAAGACUUAUCUCCUUAAGUCCACUCGAUUCAGAGGCCCAUGCAAAUCUUUACGUAGCUUCCAGAUUUUAGGCACUUUAUCAGCAUCUACAAAACGAUCGGAUUACAGUAAUGACAAAAACCAUUGGCUUAUUGUGGAGGACGUUAAUAGUCUAUCAAUCGAUGGUGGCUCGGCGGGGAUUGUUGAUGGCAACGGAAAAAUCUGGUGGCAAAACUCAUGCAAAAUCGACAAAUCUAAGGUAUGCAUAGCUCUUACACUCUACAACCUAAAGAAUUUAAAUGUGAAGAAUCUGAGCGUGAGAAAUGCGCAGCAGAUUCAGAUAUCGAUUGAGAAAUGCAACAAUGUUAAAGUUAAGAAUGUUAAAAUCACUGCUCCUGGAGAUAGUCCCAACACAGAUGGUAUUCAUAUCGUUGCUACUAAAAGCAUUCAGAUCUCCAAUUCAGACAUUGGGACAGGUGAUGAUUGUAUAUCCAUUGAGGAUGGAUCACAAAACGUUCAAAUCAAUGACUUAACUUGCGGCCCCGGUCACGGGAUCAGCAUUGGGAGCUUGGGGGAUGACAAUUCCAAAGCUUAUGUGUCGGGAAUUAACGUGGAUGGUGCUACGCUCUCUGAGACUGAUAAUGGAGUACGAAUCAAGACUUACCAGGGAGGGUCAGGAACUGCUAAGAAUAUUAAAUUUCAAAACAUUCGUAUGGAUAAUGUCAAGAAUCCGAUCAUAAUCGACCAGAACUACUGCGACAAGGACAAAUGCGAACAACAAGAAUCUGCGGUUCAAGUGAACAAUGUGGUGUAUCGGAACAUAAAAGGCACGAGCGCAACGGAUGUGGCGAUAAUGUUUAAUUGCAGUGAAAAAUAUCCAUGCCAGGGUAUUGUGCUCGAGAAUGUGAACAUCAAAGGAGGAAAAGCUUCUUGCGAAAAUGUCAAUGUUCAGGAUAAAGGCACCGUUUCUCCUAAAUGCCCUUAA